GGACGGUGCGGCCACACGUUGCUGGGUUACAGAUAUAAAGGAAGGUUCCUUCCGUGCUCUUGUCCUCGUCUCACUCCAUCCUGCCACCCCACUCCUGGACGUGAUCCGGCGCAUCGCCAUCGCUUACGCCACUGGUUAUUAUCUCUGUUGAGACUCGCAAAGCGCCCUUACACAUCUGUUCGAAUACUAUCGCAAGCUCAUCGGCCCCCACAGUCACACAUCACACCAUCCAGCGAAUCCCUCAGAGAUAUGUCGAUGAUGGGCUUCACAACGCGCUACAGUACGGGGCUCGGAUACAAGGAGGGUACCCUCGCUGGCGUGCACCACAGAACGGAACACGAGCGGGAAAGCAGCGCCAGCACAAGUGGCGGCGUGUCUGAUCAUGAGUCGUUGUCGGAUCUCACAGAGCUAUCGGACGACGAGGAGAUCGUCGAGCCCUCUGCCACAGAAGAAUCCGAGUCCGACGAGUCCGACGACGAGCAAUCCGCUCACGAUUAUCUCAAUGCGCCACUACUGGGGUACGAUUUUGAGAAAGGAGAGUCAGUCUGGGUGUACGCAUACGAUGGUUGGUAUUGCGGCAGCGUCAUGCGACGCGUCGAGUCACCCGACAGACCAAAGGUUGUGCAAUUCAGGGUGCUUUUCCGCCGAUAUGUGAGGAUACAGAAAGACUUCGCGCCCUCGGAUGGGACGAUCAAGCCUGAUACACCACGGAUCCGACAAAUGCUGCGGGCCGCGAAAUGCCUUCCGCAGUGAAUAUCCGUGCAUACUCUCUGAAGACCGCUUUUGUUCCGCCUUCGUGCUUCUGUGGCGCCACACGGGACUGGAAUGCGCAUCCCGCCUGUGGACCUCGAUAACCUUUCAAUAGUCGUUCUUUGCAUUCCCAACCUUGAAUCGACAACACGGACUCUACACUAUGACCACUGUAUGACUGGACAUGUAGCAUGAGGCUGAAUCGGAUGUUGUAUAAUUGACACCGUCAAAAAUUUAGAAAGUGGGCAAGAACUCUGCACGGGCCCGUCGGCUUCGGAUGUGCGAG